UCAUAAUAAUCCCCUUAAACUUGAAGAUUCUCUUUUAUGGCCGGUAUCCAUGGCUACUCUCUCAGCUUACUCCUCUCCUCCAUGGCAAAAUUCAAACCCUAACUCGGACCUUCUCUCAACUCAAGAUGAAAUCGAUUCGCAAGCUCAUCCCCCGUUCGAGUCUCAAUCUAACGAUUCGCUGUCGUCUAUUAUGCCUCCGGAUCCGGACCUGAACCCGAGCCCUAACCCCAAUCCCAUUACCAAUUACAACACCUCUAUAUCUUCUCCACCUCAAUCAACCUCAACGCCGCCUCCGAUUUCUCUCCUCCAUCUCUCCUUCAACCAGGAUUUUGGGUGUUUCGCUGCAGGAACUGACCACGGGUUUCGUAUCUACAAUUGUGACCCCUUACGCGAGAUCUUCCGUCGCGAUUUCGAUGGCGAUGGAAAUAGCGGUGGCGGAGGGAUUGGAGUGGUCGAGAUGCUUUUUAGAUGCAAUAUUUUAGCUAUUGUUGGUGGUGGAGCUGACCCCCAGUACUCUCCAAACAAGGUCAUGAUCUGGGACGACCAUCAGAGCCGAUGCAUCGGGGAGCUAUCGUUUCGGUCCGAGGUCCGGUCUGUGAAGCUAAGACGGGAUAGGAUUAUUGUUGUCUUGGAGCAGAAGAUAUUUGUUUAUAACUUUGCGGAUUUGAAGCUUGUGCAUCAGAUUGAAACAAUUGCGAAUCCGAAAGGGCUUUGUGCGGUUUCACAUGGUGCAGGAUCGUUAGUUUUGGUUUGUCCAGGAUUGCAGAAAGGACAGGUUCGGGUGGAGCAUUACGCGGCGAAACGAACCAAGUUUAUUAUGGCGCAUGAUUCGAGGAUUGCGUGUUUUUCCCUCACGCAGGAUGGGCAGUUGUUGGCUACUGCUAGCACUAAGGGGACACUCGUUCGGGUUUUCAAUGCAGCUGAUGGUACCCUGCUUCAAGAGGUGAGGAGGGGUGCGGAUAGAGCAGAAAUUUAUAGUUUGGCAUUCUCUUCAACUGCCCAGUGGUUAGCUGUCUCGAGUGAUAAGGGCACUGUUCAUGUUUUCAGCCUUAAGAUUAAUCCAGGAUCUCCAGGAAUUGACAGGUCACAAAGCACGGACGAGCCUAAUCUUGCUGUCACAUUACCUGCCUCCUCUUUAUCUUUCUUCAAAGGAGUUUUACCGAAGUAUUUUAGCUCAGAGUGGUCAGUGGCUCAGUUUCACUUGCCUGAGGGUUCUCAGUACAUUGUUGCUUUUGGUCACCAAAAGAAUACAGUGGUUAUCCUUGGUUUGGAUGGAAGUUUCUAUCGAUGUCAGUUUGACCCUGUGAAUGGUGGAGAGAUGACUCGGCUGGAAUAUCACAACUUCUUGAAACCGCCAGAAGCAAUCUGAUAAAAAGGCAUCUCGUCUUCCCUUUGAUAAUACAUAUCUUUUUCUCCUUUUUCGCUAUUUCCCCACAUUGCCUCAUCCAGAUGGCUUUAUUAUGCUGUAAAUAUGUAACUGUCAAUAUGUAAAGUACGUGAAAAAAAUGCAAAAAGAAAGGGAAAAAGAAUGAGAUGAUUUAAUGUAAUGUGGAUGCCAUUUUGAAUCGCAAAUUAUGUUAAAAUGGCAUAUCUCUUUUCUUA